GGGAGGGGAAAGAGGGAGUGAGCGAGGAAGAUGGCGGCUCUUAGUGAGGAGGGGAGGUACGGGCUGUCCUGCGGGAGAGGGACACAAGACCAGGUUACCGUACUACACGUCAAACUCACUGAGACCGCCUUCAGAGCCCUGGAAAGCUAUCAGAACACUAAGAAUUCUGUAACUUCACGUCCAUCAAUUCAAUUUCAGGGACUCCAAGGGUGUAUCAAGAUCCCGAAGUCAGACAGUCCCAGUGACCUGCACAAUUUUAACUUUUACCUGUCAAAUGUGGGCAAAGAUAACCCUCAGGGUAGCUUUGACUGCAUCCAGCAAACUGUCUCGAGUUCGGGGUUGUCCAAGUUGAACUGUCUGGGAUUCAUACAAGAUAAAAUAACAGUAUGUGCCACUAAUGACUCCUACCAGCUGACAAGAGACCGAAUGACCCAGGCAGAAGAAGAAACUCGGAGCCGUAGUACAAAGGUUAUAAAGCCUGGUGGCCCCUAUGUAGGGAAGAGGGUCCAGAUUCGUAAACCAGCAAAUAGUAUUCUAGAUACAGCACCUGAAAGGAAGCGGUCAACACCCAUUAACCCUGCAAGCACCCUACGAAAGACAAACCUAAGCAGCAGUAUUGCACAACGGCCGUAUAGGGAACGAGUGAUUCACCUUCUAGCACUGAAGCCAUAUAAAAAACCUGAAAUCCUUGCUCGCUUACACAAGGAUGGCGUUAAUCAGAAAGACAAGAACUCCCUCGGUGUUAUUCUACAACAGGUUGCCAAUUUGAACCCCAAGGACAAUUCUUACACACUUAAGGAUUUUGUGUACAAAGAGAUCCAGAGAGAUUGGCCUGGUUACCUGGAGGGUGAUAAACAGCUUUUAGACAGAGUGCUCUCUAGAAAACUUAAUCAGUCUCAGAAUGCCACCAGCACCAGUCAAUCAGACUCUCCUCCUUUAAAUGCUGCAUCUUCAUCUCCUACCCAGAAAAGACCUCUGGAUACAGACUUUAUUGAUCCAUUAAUGAAUAAAAAGCCAAGGAUAUCUCAUCUUACGAACAGAGUCCCUCCGACAUUAAAUGGGCAUUUAAGUUUAACCAAUGAGAAACCAGCACCGCCUCCAGCACCGCCUUCUGCCGCCACCCCAUCGCUUCCACCACUUCCUCCUGCACGCCUUCCAGUUUCCAAUCCGCAAAAUAUAAACUCGAACUCUAAUUCUCCAAGUACGCCUGAGGGUCGGGGAACUCAAGAUCUGCCAGUGGACAAUUUAAGUCAAAACCGUGGCACCUAUGAGGACCAGCAAGAAAAAUAUACCUCUAGGACUCCUCUGGAAAACUCUGCACCAACUCCAAUUAAGUUGGGACCGUCAGAACCCAUGGACGAUAAAAUCAGCACAUUGCACAAAAAGGCAAAGAAAGCCAAAAAGCAAAAGGAUAAAGAACGUAAAAAACUUGACAAUGAAAGCUCGAAGGAAAAAAAGCAUCUUCACCUAAAGAAAGAAGAAUCGGUUACUAUUGAAGAGAGCGCUGCUCCGAAUACAAAGAAAGAAACUAAAGAGACAUGUCCUGCUUCUGAUCCUUCAUCCACAACUGAACUUCCGGACUACGUAGUCAAAUACACUGUCAUUGUGACGAACGAGCAGAGGCAAAGUUACAAAGAGGAUUUCAACUCUGAGUAUGAUGAAUAUCGGAGUUUGCAUUCUAGAGUUGAAAGUGUUACUAGGAAAUUUGUGCAGCUCGAUUCACAGCGCAAGGGGCUUUCUACUGAUUCUAAAGAGUAUAAGGUUAUACAUGAAGAGGUUCUCAAGGAAUACCGCAAAUUAAAAGAGACUAGUCCCAACUAUUAUGAAGAAAAGUACCGAUGCGAGUAUCUGCACAACAAGCUUGCUCACAUUAAGAGACUUAUUGGAGAAUUUGACCAACGACAGGCAAAGUCCUGGCACUAAAGCUUUGCUCAGACAAGAUGUGAAUACUUAACGUUAUUUAUUUAAAAUUCCAGAUGUGUUACGCUAGGAUUAAGAAAGGAAACUUUUUUCAGGAGUUUCAGUAUUAGCAGACUUGUUUUUUUUUUUUUUUUCUUUCUCUUUGGCCUCUCCCCAGCCCCAUUUUAUUCUGCUUAUUUAAAAGCUGCUUUGUUUUUCCUUUAUCGUCCUCUGGACUCGCAUUUAUCCUGUGGAAGUCGGUGCAGAUACUGGCAUUUCAGUGCCUACACGAGACACAAUGCGCAUUUUAAAAUGUAGCAAAGAAUGAUGUGCUUUCGGAUAAAUGUCUGUCUGUCUUCUGAUCUUUUCUUAAUGCAGACCCUUUGCCUUAAGUGGUAGAAGGUUUAAAAAAAAAUUUGCACAAAUAUAUUUUUUAAAACAAAAAAAUAUGGAGGGUCGAUGGACAGAGGUGCAUAUAUAAAAAAGAAAAAAAAAUUCUAUAUAGUCUGUCUUUAACUUGAACUUACCUUGCAAAUCGUACCCCCACUUCAACGGAUGCCUUAAGGUGUUUGCUUGUGUGUACUCCGUGUAGUUAAGUAUUAGCUACACCGCUUCCUACUUUAUUAAAGCGUCGGGAAGCACACUGUGGCCUAUCAGCGUCUGGGAGCGUGCCUGCGAGCGUGGAAGGGUUUGAGUGGAUGUGAGCAUGUUUGACGAAAACACAAAGCUGCUAUCUAAUAGGCCAAACGCUCAGGUUAAAUCAACUGAUGAGUGUUAUCGUAGGGUUUUUCCUAUGAAUUUGCUACUUGUAUUGUGGAAGACUAAAGCAUUUCCAUUUCAACAAUUUCUCAGAGUUAUUAACAUUAAAGAGGGGGGGUUACAGGGGGGCUAUGAUUAUUAUUAUACAAAGAAAAACUCCUUCGAUGCAGAGGGGGAGGUCUGCUACUUGCGAAGGUGUUUAACCAAUGUACUUUUUGGGUAAAGAAUAAGGAAAUUUAACCAUGUAGGUGACUAUUUAUAUACAGAUAAAGUAUUUUUGAAAAAGAUAUGCAAAGAAGCUAUUUACCUACAUGUAUAUUUAAAGUGUUGUCUUUUCUCCUGAAAUCCAGGAAUUGAGUAAAAUACAGAUCUAUUUAACGUUGAAAUACUGUGAUCAUCCAGUAGCACAAACUUGCAUUUCGUGCAAAUUACCAGUUUACUUUGAUAAAAAAACAACUUUUUUUCACACGGGAACAGAAGCUUUUUGGUUCAUAGCAUUCUGAAUAAACCUGAGAUAUUAUAGAUAUAUUUUUUUUUUUUAUCCUUCAUCAAUGAACGCUGCCAAUGAAAAAGGGAAGCAUACUGUUUACAGAUGUGAUUUAUUGGAAUGUUUGCCAAAAAAGUUGGAAUCUGUAAUAAACGUUGCCUCCAGCAGAAAAAGGUGUUGCUUUUGUGUUUCUGUAAACCAGAACAUGCCGUUGAGACAGUUUUAAUCUAGCUGAAUAUAUAUUUGAUUGUAAUACUAUCUGAUACAGCAUCCCUUGAAAUCUAAUGUCUAAUAUUUACUUUGAAAUAACAAUAUUCUGCUAGGUUAUUUUCAAGGCAAAGAUGGCGGCAUGGUUUUCACUACAUUGCUGCAUUUUCUUUAUCCCUGUGCGAUUUCUAAAGGAUGUAUGUACAGCUAUAAAUCAGUAGAUUAAGGUAAAACUGUAAUUUCUUGAUUCUUGUUAGCUCACCCUUACCCAGUUUCAGAAGUGGUGUCGCGAAUGUGAAUGCUGUCACUUGUACGUCCAAUAAUCAGUUUUCGUCCAUAGUUAAAGGAGUCUUCGUCCGUUGUUAAAGGGAUGUUGUAGUGUCCCAUACAGCCCUACCGGCAA